ACCUUACUUAUCGGAGUACUUUUUGUUUACAUACAAAAUAUCCAGUACCCACAUGAAGAACGAAAGACAAUUAAUUAAAAUUCUGUUAGCCAUUAGUCAACUUUAAUUUAAUUAUGGAGGUUAUUCCUCAAGAUUGUAAAAAUAAUCCUGCUUGUCCGCAUGGACCAUGCUUGCUUUUUGAAAGACAUUGUGCAAAUGGUAGAAAAACUGGAAAAAGAUUUUUUGCUUGUUCUGCCUGUCGUGAUAGAUCAGUUUGCAGUUUCUUUCAAUGGGCUGAUGAUGAGCUACUUGCUAAGAAAAAGUCUGUUUGGAAAAAAAUAAACAAUGCUAGCAAACCUCCUUACACCCAUGAGGAGUGUGUGAAGCGUCUCUCUGUAAUUCAAAAUCUCCCAAAAUCAAAAAGAGACUACUGCAGAACUUGUUCUUCCUUAAUUUUACCAGAAGAAAAGAAUCAUCAAAAUCAUGAAAAACUUUCUAGUGUAACUCCAGAUCAGUUACUUCAACCUACUUCUCUUUUUCAAAGUCUGCAAAACAAAAAGGCCGAAGCUCAAUAUUUCUUCUCUGAAAAUACAGUGAAGUUUGUCGUAACAUUAUUGGAAAAACUUGGAUUCACCAAACUUCUGCUCAUUGGCACUCCUAAAAUUCAUGAAUAUAUUAUGAAAGAAAAGGAUGCUUUAUCCAUAUCAUCACUACUAAUGGAUAUUGAUCCAAGAUAUUUGCAGUUUUUCAGUCCAGAACAGUUUGUUCACUACAACUUAUUUAACAAUCACUACUUUGGUGGCGAGGAGUGUGAAGAUCGAGUUAAACAGUUUCUAACUGAAUCUAAUGGUGGCAAAGUUGCAAUUUUGAUAGAUCCUCCAUUUGGUGGCCUUGUCGAUGCUAUUUCGUACACACUACAGACUAUAAACAAAUUGUGGCAGUCGUCUAACUCCAAAUCAGGCUCAGAAACUGUUCCCUUGUUGUGGUUUUUCCCAUACUUUCUCGAGAAGCGAAUUGUCAAAAACUUCCCUGAUUUAGUAAUGAUGGAUUAUAAAGUGGGGUAUGUAAACCAUAAAAAGUUCAGAAUGAAGCUUGAUAUGAAAGAUUCACCAGUUCGUAUUUACACUAAUAUUCCGCCUGUUUCCUUCAAGUUGCCUAAAAAUGAAGGCUAUGGAUUUUGCACCAAGUGCAAAAGAUAUGUUUUUAAAGAUAAUUUGCACUGUGAAAAAUGUAAUGCCUGUACAACAAAGCAUGGUAAGACUUAUAAGCAUUGUGAUCAAUGCCAGAGAUGUGUAAAAAGCUCUUAUGUACAUUGCAAUACCCAUAACAAAUGCUCUCCCGAAGUCCCGACUUCCUUGGAAUCAUCAGAAAAGAAAUGUGCAUGCAAUCCUGGUCCAGAAGAUGGAAAUGAGGUGGAAAAAUGUUUUAAAUGCUUUGGUUAUGGCCAUAGAAAAAGAGAUUGCCCAUCAAAUCAGCAGAGCAGGAAAAAGAAGAAACAUUAAAGGGAAGAUACUUGUUGUUAAAUGAUUGUUAAAUAAAAUCUUUUUAAUGAAAA